UUGUUUUCAUUUCACCCCACCCUCUUGGAUGCCUCCAUGCUCCUCCCUCCGUUCUCCUCCUUUCCUGCAUUUUUUCCCUGGCUCCUAACGGCAUGCUGAGUUUGGGAGUGCAGGAGGGAGAUGCCUUAGAAACGCUGACAGGCUAUAACACUCUCAGAGACACAUAGCAGUGCGGCCCAGUCAACGCAAGCAUCCUCAGUGCAGCCCAGCAGAGCUUCUGUGGACCCUCAUGUUUGGACCUGCCAAAAUGAAGAUGCUGAUUUCGAGCCUGGUACUACUGAUGGUGGUGUUUGCCAAAUGGGUUGAGCCGUAUAUUGCACAUUACCGGGAUGUGGACCAAGACACAUAUGAGCCCAGAGAACACCAGAGAUCCCCAGAAUACUACAGAGAUGGCAGUGGAACCGAGUGCAGGCGAUGCUGUGACCCUGCAGAGGAGGCCCCACAGUAUGCCAGUCCAUACCCACAGUACAAUAUUGUGCCACAGAUAAACAUCACCAUCCUAAAAGGGGAGAAGGGAGACACUGGCGUCCGAGGACCUUAUGGGAAAAUGGGCAAGUCUGGGCAAAGUGGAGCCCGAGGUCCCCAUGGCAUGAAGGGAAACAAAGGCAGCAUUGGUUCUCCUGGAGAACCCUGCAAGUCCUACUACGCUGCCUUCUCCGUGGGCCGCAAGAAGGCACUGCACAGUAACGAUUACUACCAAACCAUGAUCUUUGACACAGAAUAUGUCAACUUGUACGGCCAUUUCAACAUGUUCACUGGCAAGUUCUUUUGCUAUGUCCCCGGCAUCUAUUUCUUCAGCCUGAAUGCGCACACUUGGAACCAAAAGGAAACAUACCUGCAUCUGAUGAAGAAUGAGCAAGAGAUGGCCAUCUUGUACGCUCAGCCCAGUGACCGCUCCAUCAUGCAGAGCCAGAGCCUCAUGCUGGAGCUGGAGAGGGACGAUCAGGUCUGGAUUCGGCUUUAUAAGGGCGAGAGAGAGAACGCUGUGUUCAGUGAUGACUUUGACACCUACAUCACAUUUAGUGGUUACCUUAUUAAGGCAAAGUCAGAGGGUUAAGCAGAGACAAUCCACGGACAGCAGGGAUUUAUGAAACAGUGUCUAUUAAAUGAGGUGUAUUAUUCUUUUUUUGUAAUAUUUUUUUUAACAGUUUUACAUGGUACUUCAGGAGGAACCUUAGUUUAUCUUUAUGAUCCAGUACUGGAGUGUCCUGUGUGUCUGACCAUCUUUAACAUUGUUACAGAGGCUGGUGCUAUUUGACAAACAUGGUAAAUGUUAUUGCGCUAGUAAUAUUAAAGAAAUACAAAUCUAUAUCUACAAUCAAAAUAAAAAAAAGUAUAAAUACAUAUAAAGACAACGGUAGAGUUAUUGCACAACAUCUACGGGUGCCUUUUUCAUGUGUAGCUAUAUCACUAAUCAUUUAACAAAUUACUUGAAAUUAUUGUAUUAUAUCUAUUAUAAUAUAUCCAGCUAUAAAUCAGUAUUAAAUUGGUUGUAGAAAAUGGUGCUACAAUUAUAAUUUAGGAUUAAUAAAAAAAAAAAAUGCAAUUUCAGAUCAACGUUCAAAUCAUUAAAUCAGAAAAGAUGCCGAAUUACCAUAAUUUCAGAAAAGUUUAAAUAAUGCCAACAAACUACACUAAAACGGUGAUCUGUCAAAUAUUUUAUUAAAUCAAAAUUUGUAUCAUUUACAGUAUUGUAGAAUGAGAAAAUGGGCUACUUGGACACAGUCCAUGCUACAGACAACUAGAGUAACUAUGAUUAAUAAUGAUCUCGGAAUGUACUGUUUUAUAAAUGUUACAUUUGUAUAAAUGGAUGCACCGGUAAGACUUCAUGGUCAUAUCUGUAUAUAAACAACUACGUUGUGAAAUUAAUAACAGUAUAACAAAAUAUGCUUUAAAACAGCCAAUGCUUUGAAAAUCUGUUCUUGUUUUGCACAAGGUCUCUAUAAAAUAAAACAUAAUACUGGACUAUUAGCACUUAACCAAAGCUCAUUAUUUGGAAAGUUUUUGAAAGAACCAGGUUACUGUGGUCAACAGCAAGUUUCUAUUAAAAGACUAACAGGGGCUUCAGCAGGAAGCACAUUUAUUAUUAUCGUUAAUUUGUAAAUGUGUUCAUAGUUGAUUUUGUCCUUGUCAACCUAGAGGUCACUGUUCAUUAAAUGUAAAAAAUCUGCAAUAAAUGAGUGGUGCUGUAAAACAGGUUCAUUUAUUUCAAUAAACAAUCUUUUUAGA